AUGAAUGCCAGAAGCGGUUGUUCCUAAUUUCCAACUCUCCUGCAAAUAUCCACCUAUAUCCUCUUCAUUUUAAAUGUCGUCCUUACGUUCACCCACACCUACAUUCUUGAAGACAAUGUAAUAUCAUUAUCAUCUUUAGAUUGCACAUUACAUAAUCUUCUCGUUUUUGGUCUGGAUUUCUAUGUAUUUUAGUUUAAAAACCACUAUUAGUGAUCCAACUGAUAGUUUUGUCAUUUAAUAAUAAAAUAAUAGAGGGUAUUAAUCUUGAAGAAUUAGGGAAUUCUUUGACUACGAGGAACACCAACUCAACCAAUUUUGUGAAAUUUGCUUUGCCUAUGUCAAAGAAACAUCGAAACAUUGUAAAUAAUGUGAUAGGUAGUUUACAAUUUCUAUUAGGUGUUGCGAAGAUUUUGACCAUCAUUGUAUGUGGAUCAACAACUGUAUAGGUGGUAAAAAUUAUAAACCAUUCAUCGGAAUGAUUGGAUCCAUCUUCCUCUUCUUCUUAUAUUCUAUUAUUGUUAAUGGGAGAGUGAUAUAUCAAUACCAUUAAUAGGGACUAUAAACAUCAACUGUAAAUUUUAACCUUAUUUAAGAUCUACUCAAACCAAUCAAAGCAAAUACUAAUUAUAACAGUUAUCUUCUUGGUUCUUGAAAUUGCCGCAUCCAUCUUCCAAUUACAAUUAAUUGUACUUCAUGCAUACCUUUAUGAAAAAGGAAUUUCAACAUACGACUUCAUAGUUAGUAAGAAAAAAAAAAAAGUUUAGCCUUCUCAUUCAUCAGAAAUCAAUUGUAUCAAUAAUCAGGAAAAAAAAAGCAACGAUGUUAAGACCAAUAAAGACCAGGAGAACAAACCUGUACUUUCAAUAAAAGAGAAUGAAAAAUAAGGAAGUUAAAUUUAAAGCAAUCCAGAUAUGAAUAAGAAAGAUGAAUCACUUUAUUCAUCUAAAAAAGCCUAAUAAGCCAUUUUAGAAAAACGGACUUUGACUCAGGAAGGAAGAGAUGAAUAUCAAAAGGAAAGUGUUGUCAAGUUCUUUUCUUAAAGAAUGUAAUCCCACGUAGAAUUUCAAUCAUAAAAUCGCCAAACCAAGAAUAUCGAGGUGAUGCCAGAAAUGACCUAAUUUUUAUGA